CCCAAUGAAAGAGAUUCAUAGAAAAAUCGAAGAAUUCCUACAGUACAGUUAAUAUAAAUUCAUUGAGAGACUUUUGAUAAUUUUAUAAAAAGUCAUAGUCGUAUCUUGAGAAAAGACGUAGCCCUCGGUCAACGACAGGAACUGAUCAGAAUGAGGGCCAAUAUAAUUAUUCUAACUUGUUUAUUUCUGUUACCGGCAAUUUUCGGUAACUCUGAAAAAAACGAAACACCAUUUGUGCCAACCCGCGAAUGGCAAACUGUGAAAAAAGGCAUGCCAAUACCUAAGGGCCUACAUAUACGACACAGUUUUGAAACUGGAGUAACAGAAGCUAAACUGAUGGAUAGCGAAGAGACAGAAGAGAAAGAUUCAAAUGAGAAUUUAAAGAGCUCAAAUACAAAUUCUUUGACAUUGCAUCCUGAGAAAGCAAUUGUUGAAGAAAAAGAGCCUGUAGCGACAGAAAAAUCUGAUUUGUUUAAUCAUCCAAUUGAGGAAUUAAAAGCUAGAUUGAAAAAAUUGAAACAGGAUGGUGGAGAAAAUGUUCCAGAAUUAAAUGAUGAACAUGCACAGCAAGUAAAACAACAGUUUAGAGAUUAUGAAACAUUAAAGAAAGAGUUCAAAUCACUUGUAAUAAAUAUAACAACUGAUUCAGAAUUGUUAAGUAACUAUUUCCAAAAGUUUCAAGCACAUAAAAAUGGAAUCACCAUGGGAACCCUAACAACCACAGAAAUAGAAGAGAUUUUAGAUAUUUUACAUAAUUUGGAAUUCCUCCUUCAUCAUAUUGAUAAUGCCAAAGUUUUUGCUGAUAUGCAAGGCAUGAGCAAGAUCAUAUAUCCAUGCCUCAAUGGAACUAAUAAUGAAAUAAAAGCAGAGGCUUUAAAAAUUUUGGGUGCAGCAGUUCAGUCCAAUCCUAAAGUACAAUUGAGUGCAUUGGAAAAUCAAAUUGUUCAAAAGCUUUUACAUAUAUUAUUAACAAAUAGUAAAGUGGAUGUGAAGUCAAGGUGUCUGUUUGCUUUGAGUGCCUUAAUAAGACAGUUUCCAGCAGCACAGAAAGUAUGGAUUGACCAUGGUGGAGUAGAAAUAUUUGGAAAGAUUCUUAUUGAUGAUCAGUUACAAAUACAAAUAAAAGUUAUGAAACUGAUCAAUGACUUAAUUGUUGAGAGACAACAUUUAGAAGAAAUCACUGAUGCUAAACAACGACAGUUAAAAGUAAAGGCAUAUGGAGCUGCAGACAUUGAAAAGAAAUUGUUAACAUACGAAUAUUGCAAUAAUUUAAGCAACUUAAUGAUAGCAAGUUUCAAGGGAGAGGAGAGUGAAUCAUUGAGAAAUGAUAAUUAUGAAUUUCUCGAAACCAUUUCUGAUAGUAUGAUCACCGUUACUCCUAUUUGUAUAGAUCGUUUUAGAGAAAUUAAAGAUGAAUUACUCCCCGUCAUUAAGCAUUUAAUGAGCUUUUACGAGAACUUAAACUUACUAGUCGAUAAACUUCAGACAACUGAAAAUCCUCGCGAUGAAUUGUAGGAAAGAAGACGUGAAAUUAAACGUUCGUAAGGACGGUCCCCAUAUAUUUAUUUUUGCGUUUAUCAUUGUAUA